AGAGGCAGACGUUAUCUCUCUUUCCCAUCUGACAAUCCACAUCAACUCUCUGAUUUACCACUGACUGAGAAGGAUGGCAAAGCUGGUUGUGUGCGUCUCUGCUGUGCUGCUGCUGCUGGUAGCGCUCAGUGACCAAACAGUCUACCGCGGACCUUGCUGCACAAAAAAUUAUGUCAAGGCAAUUCCAUUAAAAAAUCUGAGGACUUUCACAGUUCAAAACAUCACAGAGACCUGCAACAUCAAGUCAAUAAUUUUCUUCACUAUAAAAGACAAGCUUGUCUGUACCAAUCCUGAGAUGCCUUGGGUCAUCAGGGCCAUGAAGUAUCUGAAAGAGAAACAACAAAUGGAAUCGCGGCAGGUCGGAGAAGAUCAGCUUAAACUUUAAAGCUGUCAAUCUUAUUAAUCAGAGUAUUUUUAAUUUGAAUUACAUUCAAAUAAUUAUAUUUUUUUUUUCACUUUAUUUUUGUACUCAUUUAUAUUCAAUAAAGUGUAU